AUGGGAGAAGCAGCAAAGGCGGCAUUCCUCGGGGGUCUCGUUGUGACAUUCAAGGAGCAAAUGCACACUGAUGUUGUCGUCAAAUCUGGUGAAGAAGGUCCUCCCAUACCCUCUCACAAAGCCGUCCUUGCGGCAAGAUCAAAGGUCUUCAGGAACAUGCUAGAUUCUGAUGAAUGCAAGACCGCUUCCGAGGAAUCAAUCACACUCCCUGAUCUCAACCACGAAGAGCUCAAGUCUCUCCUCGAGUUCCUCUACAGCGGAAACUUGAAAGCUCCAUACAACCAAUACCGAGCUCUCUAUCUGGCUGCUGAUAAGUACGACAUCUCACAUCUGCAAGACGUGUGCCGAAACCAUUUCAUUGCGUCUCUCAGCUCGAGGAACGUCCUUGACAUCCUUGAGCUCGCCAGUAUUCCUUCUGAUACCAUCUUGAAAGACGCCGCCAUCAAUCAUGUUGUCAAACAUAUGGAAGAAGUGGUUUUCCCCAUGAAAUACGAGACUUUUGUGCAGAGGAACCCUGAUCUGGGCGUCGAGAUCACUCGGGCUUUUCUUAGACUGACCAGACCUCAAACCAAAGACCUUGGACCUGCUGUCUCCUAUUUCAACCCCCCUCACCCUCGCAUGUACUGA